AUGUCGGGUGCGACAGCUGCGACGACGCCGCCUCUGUCGGCGCAGGUUCAGGCCCUGCUGCAGUCUCCCGAGCUGCGGUACGACCCCUCUUCGCUGACUGUCUUGUGUCAAUACACUGAAGAACAGGUGGCGAAGAACACCUACGACCAGGAAGCGUGCCUCGCAGUCCUCAAACUGUACCUCCUCUAUCCGCAGUGCUUCUCCGCGGACCUCGCGCGAAAAAUCCUCGUCAAAGGCAUCAUGAACCUCCCCAACGAAGACUGCGCGGUCUUCGUGGGCAUGCUCCAGCAACAGUCCGACAAGAAGGAGUGGAAGAAGGUUCAGGAAGCCAUCCAGCUCUGGGAAAUGCUCGAAAAAUGCAGCUUCAAGCAGGUCUGGGAGUUUCUGAAGGAGGCCUCGAUGGCGGACGUCGCGGCGACACCUGGGCUGACAGACGCGAUUCGGCGCUUCGUUUGCGACGUGGUCGCGCUGACGUACGCGUCCGUGUCUCUGAACGAGCUCUGCGCCUUCCUGAACUUGGCGCCGGGCUCGCACGAGGCGGAGCGAAUUUUGAAGACGCUUGGUUGGACUGUCGAGGAGGUCUACGUGCCCGCGAAGGAGGCGGGAAAGCCGAAGGAAGCCGUCAAAGUCGUUCGCGUCGUCGGCCUCGCUGCGGCGGCGGCGACCGCCAUCAAGGAGGGCGAGAGCGAGCGCAGCCGCGCGCAGGCCCGCGACGGGAAGGGCGCCGCCGCGACCGCCGGUCAGGCGCUCGCCGUCCGGAAGACUGUCGAAAAGUACAUGGUGCCGGAGAACCUCAAAGCCUGCAUGGCGACACUCCUCAAGUGA